CUCUUCCUUUUCCCUCUCUUGUUGCUCGCUGUCACAUCUUUAACCUUUUCAGCUUUCAGUUCACUGCCUCGCAAGCCGUGUCGCUCGAUCAAAGGGCAGAUGAUACUUAAUGCAUUAGGGACUUGGACUGAUGCCACUUUUAAUUUGUGCUGUCGACAGAUCAUAACUAUUAGUUAAAACUUAGGUAGCUGGGACAUUGAAAGAUUUUAAUGGCAGGCAAUGGCCUGCCAUCUCUGGGUCGUGUAAAGCUUACUGAUCUCAUACCCUCUGAAGGCCUUCCUUCAGACUCAUACAAGCUAUCAGUUUCUACUUUGUCACAGUCAUUUGCUCAAUAUUGUGCUGCCAUCAUUCAGUUUCCAGCUAGUGAUGGAGCUCUUUUAAGAUCUGGUUUAGAUUCUGCUCGCCUUUACUUCCAACAAAGGGCGGCAUACCCAUCUGCAGACAUGAUUCACUCUAAUGAUUCUCGUGAGUGGUGUAAAACGUCUGGUUACUAUGCUGAUCCCCAACUAUGGCAGGAAACUUAUGAUUACAGACCAGGCUUAACUCCUACAGAGCCAAGCAAUGGAAUGGAGUUUCCUCCAGGUGGGUUGCCUGACAUAUUUGCCUUGCUUGGUAAGGCAGCUCGAGAUAUACUGGAUGCCAUCAGCUAUUACUUGAACUUGCGCAGCUCUCCAUUUACUGAAAUACUUGAUAACAUACCCUUGAGAAGCCGGGAAAUAUCUUCUUCUGUAUUAUCCGUUUGCUGUCAUGCAAGGCCUUCUUUUCAGGGGGCGCAACACCACAAUCUGACAGCACAGGAUGAUGGCCAAUUGAUCAUGUACCCUGACCAUGAGCACCAGGUUGAUAAAUGCUUAAUAUCUGUUGUAAAGUCAGAUAAGGCUGGUUUGCAUGUAAGAGAUUUUCAUGGUCGGUGGAUUCUUGUAGAUGGGGACCUGGGUCCUCAAGAAGCCGUUGUUUAUCCUGGACUUGCACUUUAUCAAGCAACAGCAGGUUAUGUCAAUCCUGCACUGCAUAGGACAGAGAUUAAUAAUAUGCCGGGUAACCUGUAUGGGCGAUGCUCUUUGGCUUUCAAACUCAUGCCCAAAUCUAUGACCAGUCUCAGUUGCUCAGAGAUGAGAGCAGCUGGUCAUGGAGUUGAAGCUCAGUUCCAGCUUCCAGUACCAGUGGAUGACUUCAUGCAAAGAUCUCACCCAACAGAUCAUCUCUUUAAUAGAAACACAUUCCAGAGUUUCAAUUUCCCCACAGCCCAAGAUGGAUCUAUGAAGCCCUUGAUGAGAAGGAGGAAGAAUAAUACAAGAUGCAAACCUCUGCCUCCUUCCAAAAGGUUACGGCUUGAGGCCCAAAGAGUGCUUAAGGAACGAGUUCAGGAAAUUGCAGAUAAGAAGGGCAUCAAACUAAGGUUUUGUAACCUAAAAGAGUGUGAGAAUCACAUUCAUGCACUAGAUAGCCCUUGUGCCAAUAUUAGAAUGGAGAUUGGGUGGCCACAUGGAGUGCCAUUUGUUCAUCCCCAUGAUCUACCUAAUAAGGCAAAGAUUGGUUUUCUUGAAGCAUAUGAACCUGGUUGGACGGCAACUCAUGAUAUGGAAUUAAGCCUGACGGAACCUGGACAGGCCAGUCAACAGUCAGCAAACUGUAACUGAAUCACUAUGCAGUUUCCCAUGUGCAAUUAUCCUCAAUUGGCUUGUUACCGAUUGGUUUACAAGAUCUCAACUUGGUGGUUUUUGUCCUCAUUAUCCUACCCUCAGUCCAGGUCAUAAGCUGCUCUACUGAAAUCCUGUAUGUUCCUGAAUUGAUUUGUAAUUCACUGGCCAAUUCUCACAGAAGGCAUAUGUUACUACACAUGUCUGCAAACGAAUGAACAUUGUCUGCGAAAAUCACUUGGAAUUCUAAUGCUACCAUCAUCAUGAACAUGAGUUGUUUUGCCGAAAUCCCAGUCCUUCAUGAACUGAACUGGAUUUCACUGUUCAAUUACCAAACAAGACAACGUCACUGUGCAUGUCUGUAAACGAAUCAAUACAUUGUCUGUAAAUAGGCAGUUUUAGGAAUAUUCACUCUUUGGCCUUAAGGUUCUUUCUUGGUCAUUUCAUUUUGAUGUUUUAAGUUCUCUCCAAGUUCCAGGUAUCAUUUUAUAGAGAAGAAAUGGAGGAAUAACAGGGAUCAUCCCAGUUUGAUGACUUGCAGGAAGGUUGCUGAUUUAUUUCUGCACAAUAAUGGGAGUUGGUGCAAUUUUUAGAGAUGGAAAUCUGCUUCAGUCAUGGAAAGCGUUAAUCAUAUAACUAAAGUAUUGGUUGCUAGAAUUUAGGAGAGAAUGGAACCGGUGACUUAGCAUUUUGGUCAAGGAAUAUCCCUUUUUUUUUUUCAAAAAUUAUUUAAAAAAGGCCUAUGGUAUACUCUUGUGCCUGC